AAUGUCAAAAGCUGUCACUAAAAUCUUCUUCGUAGAAGGUUUUGUAGGCAGCUGUUCCGAAUCAAAACACAACAGAGUAAGACAAUGAACAGAAGCAAUUUUCCUUAAACUAAUGAAAUGCUAAUUCAAAAACAAAACAAACAGAAUAAAAGGGUGUUUGCAACAUAGUUUUUUUAUUUAUUCUUUUAUUUCUAUGUUAGAUGGUUGUUUUACUUAUUUUAUACAAGAUAUUUAAUAGUUAAACAUUGUAUAGUGGUUUUUCACAGUAGAGCAACAAACAGACACAUGGUUACAAAGAAGUUAAAAGAAAUCGACAGUAGCAACGCAAUAAAUAUGAAAUUCACGAAGUUACAAUAUACUAAAAAUAACAAUAUGUAUUAUUUGAAUUGUUGAUUUAACCAAUUAUAUAUUCUUUCAACAUGCUUCUGUCAAACUGAUAUUAUUCUUAAAAUAACUUCAAAAGAAAUUCAUAAAAGCAAACGAAAGAAGAAUAAAAAUAAGGAAGUUGAACUUGGGUUUGUAACAAUUCAUUUCAGUACUUUUAAAAUAGACAGGAUGAGUGAUAACACCACCACUCCGAUAAUUUGCGAUUUGUUUGGAGUGGAACUGGAGACAAACAUAUACUUUCAUACAACAUUAGCCGUACUUGCAAUUAUACUGGCAAUAUUAACAAUAAUCUUCAAUGCAAUAUUUUUACUGGUUAUGUUCAGAUUUAUACAACGACUUUCUGUACCAGAUAUGUUAUACGCUAUGUUAGCAGUAAGUGAUAUUCUCACUGGAAUCCUUGUAAUGCCAUCCUUUUCAGCUUUUUGGAUUCAUGCUCUACUUUCCCAUAGCGACUGUAUGCUGGUAAAUUUCGUAAAUGUUUCGGUACAUAUUCUAGGAGUAGUAUCUGUUUCAGUGAUUGCAUUAAUCACCAUGGAUGUAUUUGUCUCCAUUGUGUAUCCAUUUCUGUAUCCCUUGUACUUUACAAAGAGGUUUGUUUACAUUAUGUUUGGUUUGAUUUGGACGCUGGCUAUCAUAUGUCCUCUUGCUCUUGUAAUUAUUUCAAUUAAAGAUUGGUACGUUUAUCAAAACAUAUCAGGUGGAAUAGUUAUUGCUGUGGUCCUUGCUUUGUUUGUUAUGCAUUUAAAACUACACCAUGUGCUGAAUAACAUGAGGUGUCAAAUCACACAUGGUAAUAACGAGCAAAAAGAGAAUCUCAGAGCAAAGAGAAAAGCAUCAAAGCUGGCUACUUCAAUUUUAGUCACUCUGUUAAUUAGUUUUGCACCAAGUUUGGUUUAUUUUCUACUUACAGCUAUUGAAGGGAACACAGUUUUUACAUCCAGUUAUUUCUUUCAAGCAACUGGUGUUUGGUUUUUUUUGAAUCCCUUGUUAGACCCAUUCGUGUAUUAUUUUCGCUUGAAAAGAGUGCGAAAGAAUAUUCUUAAAAUGUUUGGUAGCAGAAUUAUCCCAGCAAAUAUGUCAACUUUUACAGAAUCAACAUUUAAUGUAAGAUACCCUGCUAAUUACAAGUCAACUAACAAAUAAUGGAUUUAAAUAACAGUUUAAACGCAAAGAAUAAUAUAUCACCAAGGACGAUGUAUCAUGUACAAAAGAAUUAACAAAAUAUAGACUUAAAUGGUAAAAUAAAUUAAUAUUAAUAAAUAAGGAAUUGACACGUUAUAUUCAAAUUACUAUAUUCGUCUUUUCUUUUAUGUGGUCCAUGAAAUAAAGGCAGAUAUUGGACAAAGUAAAAUCGCCUGUCGCAAUGCGUUUGAUCAUUAUCCAAAUAAACAGCAAACGAAAAGUAUUCAAGAGUAGUUCUCAUCCGUUAUUUGACUUGUUUUGACUUUGUUCCCCGGCCAAAAAUUAUAAUUACCAAGCACAUGAACUGCAUGCAGAACAGAACGUAAUGGAUUAUUUCUGAAAUAUGUUUUUUUUGUUCUCUGCACAUGUUUCUGUGUUUUUUGUUCCAAAAAUAAAUUCCUGUGAAAAAUUAUCUGACUGCUAAACCGUAAAAAUCAAUUGCUGCGAAAAUUAUAUUCUCCCUCUAACCACAAAUGAUAUAGGCACAUCUCACUUUUUUCUAUGCGGUGUUUUUUUAGUUUAAUAAUAUACCAAAAAGUUGUGAGAGAGCACAUGUAAGGACCAAUCAAAUCAAUUUCAAAUUGUUUCGUUAAAUUGGAAAGAUUAUUUUAGUGCACCAUAAAGCAAAUAUCCAUCUCCAAUAAUCCAUAAGCAUUAUUUAGUGCCGUCUUGUUAAACUAUGUAGAUAUUUGUCUUGUCUCCGCUCGUUCGUACCGAAUAUCUGCGAAUUAUUUAAGUCUAUAACAAGUUUUCUCACAAGUAAGUGAAAAUUCGAAAUCAGGCAGGAAUGUGUUUAUGCAAAAAACACAGCCAGGUUUACGAUACGCUUAUUAGAGAAACAUGUUAGAACCUUGUACAUUACCUUCUAGGAUGGAAUGGAAUGGACCCGUUUUUACAUAUAAAAAAAGAGCGGCAUGACUAAAGGUGUAAUUAUACUACAAGUUAGUAAAGUGACGUUAAUUAAAUCUUAUUGUGUAUAAGAUAUAAGAGAAGUCUGUGUCUAACUAAUCUACCCAUAACACAGGAAGAAACGCACAUCAGAAAGAUUACCAAUACUUGGCAAUAUGCUGAGCAAUCACCUAUGCUUAUAUAGAAAAGUUACCAAUCAAAACAUAAUUUAAAUUCUAUUGGUUUAUUAAAAGUUAAAGGCGUUUAUAUAGGUUUUGGUUGCAAAUUAAGUUAUCCAUUUCUUU